GGGGCGGGGCCAAGAUUAAUUGUUAAUGUGUGACUAAACCUAUCUUGCUGAACGUAAACACAACCCUAGAAGAAGACGGGUUGAAGAUCUUCUGGUUUACAUACUUGGUGGACCAGUCUGCCUGCGGGAAUGCUCAAUCCUCAAAGAUCUUUAUCUGAACUACCAAAGAUGUCGGGUCCAAGCCAAGCCGAGAGGGCUGUUUUGGAGGAGGAGUUUAACUGGUUGCUGAAAGAGGAGGUCCAUGCUGUUUUGAAGCAGCUCCAGGAUAUACUGAAGGAGGCAUCCAGGAGGUUCUCCAUUCCCACCCCAGGACUGGAGAACCAACUGAAACAGGAGAACUUCAUCCUGGGCAGCUCAACACAUCAACACCUUUCUAAUCUGCCGGGACUUGAGUCUAUGACAAGCAUGGACCAGGUGAAAGGAGUACUGACUCUACAGGGAGAAGCCCUGACUCAAGCUGACAUCAAUCUGAAAACUGCUAAAAGCAACCAAGUGAUGCAUUUCACAUUCAGGGAUGAUAAGCACUGGAAAUUACAACAGAUCCAGGAUGCUAGGAACCAUGUGAAUCAGGCUCUGCAGCUGCUGAGUGGUAGAGAUGAGAGCUACCACUUUAAGACUGGGGCUGAGGUCAACAAGCUGAUGGACGCGGUGAUGCUCCAGCUGACCAGGGCUCGUAACCGCCUCACCACUCCGGCAGCCAUGACCCUGCCGGAGCUGGCCACCAGCGGCCUCAUGAAAAUGUUCACUCCUCCAAUGCCAGGCGACGUGAUGGUGAACUUCUAUAUCAACCUGAGUAAGCUGUGUCUGACUGUCUACCAGCUGCACGCAAUGCAGCCCAACACCACCAAGAACUUCAAGCCAUCUGGAAGCUCCGUGUUACACAACCCCGGAGCCACGUUCGAGCUGAACAACGUUAAGUUUGAGGUGAGCCAGGUUCACAAGGUGGAGUGUGUUGUCCCCUGGCUCAACAACACCCUGAUCUUCUUCACCAUCUCGCUGCAGCUCUGCCAGCAGCUCAAGGACAAGAUUUCCGUCUUCUCUAGUUUCUGGAACUACCGACCGUACUAACCUCCUGCAGCUAGCUGACCGUCAGUAUGCCUAGGAGUUCUAACCUCCUGCAGCUAGCUGACCGUCAGAAUGCCUAAGUGUUCUAAACCUCCUGCAGCUAGCUGACCGUCAGAAUGCCUCGGGGUUCUAACCUCCUGCAGCUAGCAGACCGUCAGAAUGCCUAGGGGUUCUAACCUCCUGCAGCUAGCUGACCGUCAGAAUGCCUAGGUGUUCUAACCUCCUGCAGCUAGCUGACCGUCAGAAUGCCUAGGUGUUCUAACCUCCUGCAGCUAGCUGACCGUCAGUAUGCCUAGGAGU